AUGUUACGUCUCAGGCGGUAUCGCGUCUUCCUACUCUUCGCCUUCAUCGCCGUCGUCGCCUUCUACAAGUUCCGCGCGUCGGGCGCAGCGUGGCGAGAGGCUGCAUCGAGUGCAGCAGGCGGCCCAGGUUUCCGGGGUAGCGAGCAGAAGAAGGCUGAGUUGGACAGUAAGCCACGCCCGGCUCUCGCACACGAGACACAAAGUCUGAGACUCGAUGUCCCCGCUGCCACACAACCGUCUGUUUUGCAGACACCGCCUCCGGUCAAGGCACUGCCGUCUCUACCGUCGUCGUCAUCAUCAUCAUCAUCAGAGUUGGCGUCAAUAACUUCGGCGGCAACAAGCGGCGAAGAGAAGCCAAACGUCCCCUCACAAAUACGGCCCCAACGAUACGGGGACCCAAUCGAUGGCGUGGUUCCUGACGACAAGUCGAGCUCGUCAACGGGCAUACCACCGAUACACUGGUCGAAGUUGGCCGAGCAUUUUCCCGUUCCCUCGGAAUCGUUGAUUAGAUUGCCCACGGGCAAACCGAAGCCAAUACCCAAGAUUCAAUUCGCCUUCAAACCAGAAAACGCUGCAGAAAAACAAGAUCGGCUGGCAAAACUUGAUGUCAUCAAAUCGGUCGCGAAAAAGUCGUGGGAUGGAUACAAAGAGUUUGCAUGGCUUCACGAUGAGCUGAGGCCUAUGACAGGCACGUUUCGCGACCCAUUCGCCGAAUGGGGCGCUACGCUGGUAGAUUCGUUGGAUACCUUAUGGAUCAUGGGCCUGAAGGAGGACUUUGAGGAGGCCGUCAAGGCCGUGGACCAAAUCGACUUCACAACAUCUACGCGCGCAGACAUUCCCAUGUUCGAAACAACAAUCCGCUACCUCGGUGGUCUGGUUGGCGCUUACGAUAUUAGCGGGAAGAAGUACAAGACUCUCCUCGAUAAAGCGGUUGAGCUUGCUGAGAUUCUUAUCGGUGCAUUCGACACGCCAAAUCGCAUGCCCCUUCUGUACUAUUACUGGAGACCUGCAUUCGCCUCUCAGACACAUAGGGCUGCCUCCAACGCCGUUCUCGCCGAGAUUGGGUCGCUCUCCAUGGAGUUCACUAGGCUUGCGCAGUUCACUGGAGAGGACAAAUACUACGAUGCAAUCGCACGCAUUACCGACAAUCUCGAAGAGUUUCAGAUGAAGACCAAACUCCCAGGAAUGUGGCCGACAACUCUGGAUAUAUCGGGCUGCAGCAAGUUGCCAGUAGACAAUAUGCUACAAACACCUCUGACGCCUCCUAUGGGGCUCAAUGACAAUGAAGCAGCCGAUGCUUCUCCUAAGGUUCCAGAAAAACUUUCGCCAAAUGGCAGGAAAUAUGUUCCAUUGAACCUACCGGAUUCUGUAGUGCUUACUUCCGACGACAAGCCAGCUGAUAAUGUACGAAGCGGUGGUUCCUUGGCCAAGCGCCAGCUCGACGACGACGACGACGACCUAGUAGACACUGAUGGAAUCGAUUCAGCGGCGGCCGCUAAAUCAACUCCUCAAUGUAUACCACAAGGAUUCCAAUCGCCAAAUGGAUAUUCGCGGGAGAAGUACACCCUUGGCGGUGAAUCGGACUCUACAUACGAGUACCUACCCAAACAAUAUCUUCUCCUUGGUGGCUUAGUGGAGAAAUACCGCACCAUGUACACAGCGUCCGCAGACGUUUUCAAGAAGCAUCUCAUCUACCGGCCCAUGCUCCCAGACGAGACGGAUAUCUUGUUCAGCGGCCAAAUGAGCAUGUCUUCUGAUGAGGAAAGCAAAGCUGGCGAACUCACGGCUGAAAAUGCGCAUCUCACUUGUUUCGCUGGAGGUAUGAUAGGCAUGGGCGCCAAGAUCUUUGAACGUCCCGAGGACCUCGAGAUUGCAAAGAAACUCACAGAAGGCUGCAUAUGGAGUUACGACAUGACAGCCAGUGGCAUCAUGCCGGAGGCCUUUAAUGUCAUGGCCUGCGAGGAUGCAAAGCAUUGCCCCUGGAACCAGACCGCGUACUGGGAACGACUUGAUCCAUAUUACGAGGCCCGAGAGUCCAAAUAUCAAUCUCAACUCCAAGAUUACAAAGAGAGGUUUGCCUCUGCUACCGCCCAGUACGAUGCAGAACUCGCGGCUAUAACCGCACCACCCAAACCAUCUCGCGCUGCUGCAGUCGACGCUCACUCUACAACCAGGACAAUCUGGGCCGAUACUCUUGACAGACGCCAACUGCCCCAUCUCGUCGACGAUGCGGAAUCCGAAGAAGGCGAAAGGCCACCUACAAAGGUCCAACCCAAACUUGACAGUCCAGCCAAGCCCAGUGUCACGAUGCCACAGUUCCCAGUCCUCUUCUCGCCCUAUCCUGCAGUGAGCCACAAAGAGUAUGUCAUGAGUCGAAUCCAGGAAGAACGUCUUCCACCCGGCGUGACGGAGAUUAAAAGCCGGUCUUAUAUCCUUCGCCCCGAGGCCAUUGAAUCCGUCUUCUACAUGUACCGCAUCACCGGCUCUUCGCAUUGGCGCGAAGCCGGCUGGCGCAUGUUCAAAGCCAUCGACCAGCACACCUCAACCACAUACGGCAACAGCGCAAUCGACGACGUCACCAAGUUGCACCCUGCCAUCAACGACGAGAUGGAGAGUUUUUGGCUCGCCGAGACGCUCAAGUACUUUUAUCUGCUCUUCGAGGACGAGGAUGUGGUGAAUCUGGAUGAGUGGGUGCUUAAUACCGAGGCGCAUCCUUUCAGGAGGCCCAGUUGA